GGUGACGGAAUGUCCUGCAGGAUUCGUGGAGGACAUCGACGGAAUGACUUUGGCUGAAGUUCUUCAUAAGCUGGGAGCGGGGCGAUCGCAGGCCGGGCAGCCUGUCAAUCACAGCGUGGGGGCGGAGCUUCUGCUGUCGGUGGGAGACAGAGUCCAGAAAGGCGCCCCAUGGUUGCGGCUGCACUACGACACUCUGGCUCCAACUCCAGACCAGAUGAGUCGCCUGCAGAGCGUCCUGAAGGUGGGAUCCGACGCCGGCGCGAAGAAGAGACUCCCCCUGGUCCGAGAGCUGCUGCAUUAGACCCACAGGAGGCGCUGACGUUUCCCAGCAGUACUUUAACUGAUCACAGCGCACUAAUCUUGUUGACUGAUCUUUUAUCUUUAUAUCUGUGAUCUUUAUCUGAUUCUUUACCACAGUGAAGCACUUUGAAUAACGCUAUAUGAAUGAAUUUCACUUACUAACCCUCCUGUUGACCGUCAGAACGGAUUUUGAUCAGACGUCUGAUUCCAUGAUUUCAACAGAUUAAAGGAAUUUUUAUUAAUAUACA